AUGUAUUUCUUAGGCAGCCUGGGAACUUUCCAGACGACCUUCUAUAUACGGUAUCUAUCUAUCUAUCUAUCUAUUUAUCUAUCUAUCUAUCUAUCUAUCUCAGUUUUAUCUCUCUCUUUAUAUAUAUCAGUUUAUUCUACUCUCUCUAUCUCAAUUUGUUUUAUCUAUCUAUCUAUCUAUCUAUCUAUCUAUCUAUCUAUCUAUCUCUCAUUUUUUUAUCUAUCUAUCUAUCUAUCUAUCUAUCUAUCUAUCUAUCUAUCUCAGUUUGUUUUAUCUCAUCUCUCUUUCUCUCUCUCUCUCUCUAUAUAUAUAUAUAUAUCAGUUUAUUUUAUCUAUCUCUAUCUCUUUAUAUCUAUCUAUCUAUCUAUCUAUCUAUCUAUCUUUUUCAUUCCAUUUCAUUUUGUUCGUAUUUACUUAUCACAAACUGCAUCUAUCUAUCUAUCUAUCUAUCUAUCUAUCUAUCUAUCUAUCUAUCUAUCUAUCAUUUUCAUUCUGAUCUAUCUAUCUAUCUAUCUAUCUAUCUAUCUAUCUAUCUAUCUAUCUAUCUAUCUAGCAGUUUGUUCAUUUCUCUCUUCCUUCAUUUCUAUUAAUAUAUCUUUCAUCCAUUUUGGUGGUACAUACUUUGUUCAUAUCUAUCUAUCUAUCUAUCUAUCUCUCUAUCUAUCUAUCUAUCUGUCACUGAUAACCUCCACUAUCAAAUAUCAUCGUAAUCCCUCAGCCUUUCUUUCCUAUUUUAUUAAGACGCAUUUUUCUGAAAAGCCACGACCGGAAAUUAUCCUGGGCAUCUUUGCCAGGUUCUCCUAUUUUGCCGCCAGUGGCCGUUGA